AUGCCGUCCGCUCCGCAAUCUUCACAGCAAUCUUUCACCAUGAGUCAACAGUCGCAGCAACAGUUCCCUAAUUCCUCUUUCCACCGCGGCUUCGCGCUGAACGCCGAAGGCCCUGCGCCGCAAAUCUACUCGGCCUCCUACUCUGGAGUCGAUGUCUACGAAAUGGAAGUAAACACAAUCGCCGUCAUGCGACGACGCCACGACUCUUGCCUCAAUGCUACUCAGAUCCUCAAGGUCGCUGGAGUCGACAAGGGCAAGAGAACCAAGAUUCUCGAAAAGGAAAUACAAACUGGCGAGCACGAAAAGGUACAGGGUGGCUACGGGAAAUACCAGGGCACCUGGAUCAAGUUCGAGCGCGGUGUCGAAGUCUGUCGCCAAUAUGGCGUCGAGGAGCUUCUCCGCCCCCUGUUGACCUACGAUAUGGGCCAAGACGGUGGCGUUGCUGGCCAGGGCGAUUUCAACACGCCAACAAAGGAACAGGCUAUGGCUGCGCAAAGGAAGCGCAUGUAUAACUCGAGUGCUGAGGGACGACCGAAUGGCGUUAACGGCACAUUCUUCAAAAACAUCUCGAGCACUGCUUCGCAUGCCGUCGCCGCAAUCAGCAAGGCUCGAUUCGACUCACCCAACCCUCGCAACCGCACCGGUCCUUCCCAUCCACCCAGCUUUAGCAGACAGCCCUCUAUGCAGAAUGGUGACGAAUUCCCCGGAAAUUCGCAGCAGAGCUUCGCCUCGGAAUACAGCCAGCACGUUGACUCUACUUACUCGACACAACAAACCAAUGGCAUGCCUCCCAUGCCUGACGCUGAGCCGCCACGGAAGCGCCAACGUGUCAACAUGACACCGAAUGAAAGUUUCGCGGGGUACGGUCAAAAUGUUGACGCAUAUGCCAGUGCAUUCCCAGGAUCUCCAACCGAGCCCAACGAGUCAUUUUUAUUCUCACAACAGAGUGCCGUACAAGACCAAACAGCCAUCGAGGAGGCCAGUGGGCCCCAGGCACCGCUUCCGUAUAACAUGUCUCCCGAAAUUGAGGAGAAGCGAAGCAAGCUUAUGGCUCUAUUCAUGGAUUCGGCCGCAUCUGAUACUUCAAAACACCAGUGGCUGCUCACCCUGAGCCACAGCGAGAUUGACAUGCCCAUUGACCCGCAGAGCCACACUGCGCUGCACUGGGCGGCUACCCUUGCACGCAUGCCUCUUCUACGAGCCUUGAUUGCUGCCGGUGCUUCUCCGUACAGGGUCAACGGUUCCGGCGAAACAGCCCUUAUGCGCGCGUGUGUCGUGACAAAUUCUAUGGACCACGGGUCAUUCCCCGACCUGCUGGAAGUACUGGGCGGAACCAUCGAAGCCAGAGAUCACAAAGGCCGUACUGUUCUGCAUCACAUUGCCGUCACAAGCGCCGUCAAGGGCCGGAAUACUGCCAGCCGUUAUUACUUGGAGAGCUUGCUUGAAUGGGUUGUUCGCCAAGGCAGUGUGCCUAGCAGUCAGAUUGUCGGCGUUAAUGGUGCCGCACCCAACGGCGCUCAGGUUACCAUUCCCAAAAUGGGCAUUGCAAGAUUCAUGACUGAAAUCGUCAAUGCUCAAGACAGCUGCGGGGACACUGCCUUAAACAUCGCUGCCAGAAUUGGCAACAAGAGCAUCGUAUCCCAGCUCCUUGAAGUCGGCGCUGAUCCCAAUAUUGCCAACCGCGUGGGCCUGCGCCCAGUGGACUUUGGCAUUGGUGUAGAGAACCCGGCGGAAAAGCAAAUCAGCGAGGCCGUGUCUGAGAAUCCCAACGGUCCAGGUUCGAGCCAGAAGAUGCGCGAAAGCAGCGACGACAUUAUCGCGUCUAUCAGCCACCUGUUAGGCGAGACUAGUUCAGCUUUCCAGCAGGAAAUGAAGACGAAACAAGUCAACCUGGACUCUCUGCAUACUUCGCUGCGAAGCACUUCAGCAGAGCUCGGCGAAGCGCGCCGCAAGAUUGAGCAGCUAACGGCGUCGGUGGCCAAGCAGCAGCUUGCCCGCCGAAAGGUCGCCAACCUGGCACAUGCCAGGGAAGACGAGCAGGCGCGCUUGAUGAAUGAGCAGUCACGCUCGUCGCAGCCCAACCCGUCAUCGUCGUGGGAGACAGAGCUUGGCGCGAUGCUCGAGGCGGCUGAGCAGCACAGCGCAUCGGGAGGCUUCGGCGCCGAGGGUAUGCUUCCUUCCGCAGCCGUUCUCAAGGCCCGCAUCCGCGCCAUCGAGGCCCGCCGCGACGUCACCCGGAAGAUGGUGCAAGCGCUUCAAGGCCGCAGCCGAGACGUGGAGGUCAAGUAUCGCCGGAUCGUCGCCCUAUGCACCGGCGUCGGCGAGGAUGACGUCGACGCCGUCGUUGACGGUCUGCUCAAGGCUGUCGAAAGUGAAAACGAGGAGCUGGAGGUCGGACGCAUUAGGCGCUUCUUGGGCGGUGUCGAGGGCGUCGUGCACUAG